UCAUUCGCUUUGUAUUUUUCAUCGUGAGUGUUGUUUGAGUGUUUCCCUUUCGACGACUUUAUAUUUUUGACCAUGGACCUUGAUGCUUCCCUUCCUGACGACCCUGGCAUACUCUCGGACCCCGAAUCUCGCUCAACCGAUGACCAUGGCUCACUUUCGGAUAACGAACCUUGCUCAAACGCUGACCACGGCUUACGUAUGGACUCCGACCCAAGCCCCAGUGUUGACCCCAGCCCGAUUUUGGAUAAUGAACCAGCAAUUCCUCAAUCUCAUGAGGAGCCUAUGAGAUGUAUUAAUUGUGGAGCUGACGUGACGCAGAGGAGGCGACAUAACCUAGAGCUUAUUCAAGUUCAGACGGUUAUACGUCAGUGGAUAGCUCCUCAACUGAUUGAUGACAGCAGUGUAUGUUGUCACUCAUGUUGGACCGUGGCUCUGCGCCAAUCAAGGACAAAUAUGUCAAAUGAAGAACCAACAACUAGCACCGGUCACAGACGUAAUGUCUGUGUUAACUGUGGAUGCUCGUUGUUACGAAAACGGUCUCAUAGGCUGCAUACUGACACAGAAAGAGAAUCACGUAUUCGAAAUGUGAUAAUGGAACAGAUUUCACCUCGUCAACUGCGGGGAUCUGACCAGAUAUGUCAUCCCUGCUGGCAGAGAGCUGAUCGAGCUGCUAGACAUGCUGCGGAGCCCCAACAAGCACAUGAUGGGACGAGAAUUCAUUUGCCCUUAUAUUCAAGAGCAUCGGACACUCAAAGUCAUUGUUUUUUCCCCAAGUGUAAUUCAACACAAAGAUUGGCUGUUCCCAUUUGGCUGAGGGUAAAGUUGUUUAGUGAGUAUAAGUUUUAUGUACCUCAAAACUGCAGGAUUUGUGUUUUCCAUUUACACAACAAUAAUUGGGAAGUAUUAUCUGACAUUCCUCAACCGAUACAUAGUUUUAAUGCUGACCAUAUACAAGAUUUUGCAUCUUUUGUUAAUGAGAGGCCGCUGAUGUUGGAUUUUUCAGAGGUAGAGAGAAUGUCAGAUGAGCUUUUACAUUAUUGGGUUGGACUAACAAAAGCCAAAUUCGAACAGCUCUAUUCGGAACUACCAAGACUUGGAGCUAUGCGUAAUGGUAAAUUGGCACUUGGUGCAUAUUUACUCAAGUUGAGGACAGGAGAUAGUGAUAAAAGAAUUUCGACACUUUUGAACAUAUCCAGAUCUAAGCUUAUGAGAUUGAUGGGAAAAGCUAGGAAUAUUUUAAAUGAGGAUUUUGUGUCCAGAUACUUAGGGACAGAUAAUAUUAGAUGAGGAUGCAGGUAUAAUACUGGACAUAAUAAAUCAAAAAAUGUACACUGACAAUGUAUUAGCUGAUUUUGUUAUACAAAAUAAUUGAAAUAGACGGCGGGCUAGGGUUUCUGCUCGAGCUUUCUCGAACUCGAGAAAACUCGAGAAAUUUGGCUUCAUUCGAGACGAGAAAAAAAUCACUGGAGCUCGAGAAUUCUCGAGUUUCGAUUUAGAAGCUUUAAUAUUCUGUUAAGCCUAUUUUCUUAGACAAAAGCUAGUUUUUAAUUAAAUAAAUAAUAAAUAAUAAAUAUCCUUGGCCAGUCUAAAAGCCUGGCCUAGUCUUUCCUUUUUGAACUGAUUUGAUUUGCAAGUAAUGAUCUCAAUCGAAACUAAGUAAUAAUGUUCACCAACGAGUAUGCUAUAUUUAUUACCUAUGUAUUUUUAUCUCUGACUGAUUUAAAGACUGAAAAAUUUGUUAACUGUCUAUUACGUUAGGUACUAGUGCCUCCUUGUAAAGUUAAUUCAAGUCGUUAUCUUUAAGAACUUUAAACAUUUAUUAAAAAGUUUUUUUGGUUUAUAAAAAAAACUAUUUAUCGUAAUUUGUUAUUUGGACUUGUGUUUUUGGAAAACAAGUGAUUUAAUUGUUGCUCCAGAUUUUUAUUGCUAUUUAUCCUUAAAAUACACGCGACUUUAUGACUUUUGUUAUGAUUAUUAGUUAAUAUUAAUUAUGAAAGAAGAUUUAAUUUUUUGUUACUUUCCUUGCCAAAAUAAGUGGUACUAAAUUCUAAUAUUGAUUGUUGUGCAAUAAAAGUAGGUACUUAUAUUAGAUUAAAAAACCUGUGUUUUUAUUAAAUUUCAACCGAUUUCAACAGUUUUCAUUAAAAGACUCGAGACCCGAGAAAACUCGAGACUUUGGCCUCGAGAAUUCCCGAAACUCGAGAAAAAAAAUAGGUCGAGAAAUCAGAAACCCUACGGCGCGGGCACUUUCGCAGUAUAAAUGUGAACAUCGAAAAUGUGUCAUUCCCUAGAAUGGAGUUUAGUGAAUUAAUUUUAAUAGCAUGUGGUACGUACCAGCUAAAACAGGCUCGAUCAUAUUAUGGGGAACAUAUCAGAGGCAACGGUUCCUAUACUAUUGAAGUGUGUAGAGACACAGCCAGCAACCUACUGAACGAUUACCCUACACCUUCGGCCAGUUGUAGCUUAUUAAGGGGUAAGAUACACAGCAGGCACAUAAGCCGU